AUGUCUGUCCACAACUUCAGGUCGAUAUUUACCCUUGUUGUCUUCCUAGUGGCUGAAUAUCUGGUCAUUCUGCCAGUGUAUAUCCCCAUCUCUUCCAGGAUCACCUCGAUAUUUAAAAGGAGAUCCAACAACGUUGAAAAGGAGCAUUAUAACUGGACCCUACCACUAGACUUUCAUACCGCCCCCGUCGUGGCAGUCUUGAUCCUCUUGGCGGCUCAGUGCAUACAUGGAGAAGAAGUCCGAAAGGGAAUCGUCGGCUCGGAUGGUGUGGAGCCCCUCAACGUGAUGGCAUUGUUCAUCUCCCUCGCCUACAUGGUUAUUUCGGUUGACAAAGCCGGGUUUCUUCGCUUCUUGGCUUUCUGGGUCGCGACACGGAGCGGUUCCUCUGGCAUCAGGCUGUAUAUUGCCAUCUACACGUUCUUCUUCGCCCUGGGUGUCGUCGUCGGGAAUGAUCCGGUCAUCCUUUCGGGCGUUCCUUUUCUGGCAUAUUUUACUCGGGAGAUGGAGAUUUCGCCUCCUACGGCCUGGAUAUUCGCUCAAUUUGUGAUUGCCAACAUUGCGUCUGCUGUCCUUGUCUCUUCUAAUCCUACCAAUUUGGUGCUCAGUGGCGCAUUUUCUAUCUCAUUUUUCACCUAUACCGCCAAAAUCAUCGUUCCCGUUCUGAUCGCGGCGUUGGUGACACUCCCGACUCUUAUAUUCCUUUUCCGCAGUCCAGAGUUGAUUCCAAGAGAGAUGAAACGAAUCACGCUCUCACCUCGAUCGGUUCUCGUCGAUCCCUUUGGUGGAAUCUUCGGUGCCGUGAUCCUGGUACUCACGCUUGUCACGCUCGUCGCGACGAGCUUCUUGCAUCCACAGGUCUAUCUCGUCACUGUUCCACCCGCGGUAAUUGUAUUUCUACGAGAUCUAGUCUACGACCUGCGUAAUUAUAGAAAGCGGGAUCCAUCGUCGACGAUUGAUCCAGAGAAAGAGUCGGAAACUCUGCCGCCACCACCUUUUCCUUCAGAGAGAGUAAAUCCACAGGAACAGAGUGGCACAACCACACCGCGAGAUCCAAAGGAAGAGGCCACACCCAGUCGCCUUCACCGCAUGUUCCCGACCGUCAUCUCGGUACUGAAGCUCAUGCCAUUCUCACUCGUCCUCUUUUCGUUUUCCAUGUUCAUUCUCAUUCAAGGAUUGGUCGUGACAGGCUGGGUGCAGGUGUGGUCGAGUUGGUGGGCGGUUUGGGCGAACCGAACGGGACCCGUUGGAGCCGUAUUUGGCAUGGGGUUGAUCUCUUGCAUCCUUUGUAAUCUCUUUGGGACCAACAUAGGCGCAACCAUUCUCCUUGCGAGGGUGCUACAAUUGUGGAUCGAGGCCUCGCAUCCACCUCCACGGAUCAAAGAUGCUGCCAUUUUUGCGCUCGCUCUUGGAUCAAACUAUGGCGCAUUCACCUUUUCUUUCCCCGCGUCUCUCGCCGGACUACUAUGGAAAAGGCUGUUGUUUGCAAAAGGAAUUGUGGUUACAAUGGGUCAAUUCGCCAAACUAAAUCUACUUCCAAUCGCAGUAGCAAUGGCAACCUCGAGCGCCGUGCUUGUUGCCCAAGUGUAUAUUAUUCAUAAAUAG